AUGGACUGCAUUGAUGAGCUAGAAACCGAGCGUAGGCGGCGUAGACGGACGGAGACUCUGCUAGGAAAGCUCCAUGAUUAUUGCCUAAAAUGCUACAGUGAAGUUGAUGUUGUGAUUGCUGAGUACCCAAUUCGGAAACUCUCCAACACAGAGGAAACACCGAGUGCCUUGUCAAUAACUACAUCAUAG